UUUUGAUCCUUUGAAGCUUGAAUUUGAUGUUUUUGAAGGUGAUCUAUAGGGUUUUGAAGAUGAUCUGUAGGGUUUGGCAAACUCCAUGAAAUUUGAUUUUCUUGUAGGUGAUAUAUUGGGUAGCAAAACUUUAUCGCAAUUUUUUGCGCCAUUUACUCCGUUAAAUGUUCUAUCGAAAAUUAACUUUUUGCAACGACUACUGAUCAAAAAUCAAACAAAAAGUAAAACAAUUUUUUGCAAGUCCAACCUCUUAAAUAUCUUUACGAAUAAACUGAUCGGGCCAUUCAGUAAAAGUUAGGAGAACAUUGACAAAUUUAUUCAAAAUUAAAAAAAUGAACGAAACAAAAGCGAUUAUUGGAAUUGCCUGUUUAAGCUCUCUAUUGGCAGUUUUAUCAACUCUAAUUGUACUCCCUCAACUUUAUCUACAAAUUAAUCAGUUGAGUGAUCGAGUUCAGGAUGGAGUGCAGGCAUUUCGUGUGGACACAGAUUCUUCUUGGAAUGAUCUAAUGGAAUUACAAUUAAUUGGAAUCCCUCAAAGUAAAGUACGUGGAAAUCCUCUAGAGUCGGUUUUUAGAGGAAAGCGUGAUUUACCCAGUCAUUGUAUAUGCCAGCCACUUCGUGUAGUUUGCCAUCCGGGACCCCCCGGCCCACCUGGAUUGCCUGGAAGAGACGGCAAUGCUGGCCAGGACGGACAUAAAGGACAACCUGGAAUGCCUGGACAGCAAGGCAAGGAAACGAGGAUUUUAAUCCAAAAUUUUUGUCAUUUUCAGCAGCCCCUUGCCCACUACCAAACCAAGCAUGUCAACGAUGUCCAGCGGGACCUCCAGGUCAAACAGGAAAAGCAGGAGAGGCAGGCCAGCCUGGCCAAGCUGGGAAACCUGGACUACCCGGAAGAAGUAGUGGAAGUGGUCCUCCAGGAUUACCGGGUCCACAAGGACCGCCCAACAGUUCCUGGACCCAAAGGACAGCAGGGAGCUCCAGGCUUGCCAGGAAAGAAUGGACCUGCGGGAGCGGUCGGAAAGCCCGGCCCAGAAGGUCCCCCUGGACCUGUUGGUCCUGCUGGACAACCCGGAAUGGCAGGUCUACAAGGAAAACCGGGAAAACCAGGACCUGCCGGACAGCCUGGUGCUGAUGGACAGUAUUGUCCCUGCCCUCAACGCUCUCCUCCUGCACUUAACAAAACAAAAAUGGGUGUUUAA